AUGAUGCCUCGUACAUGUAAGUUGCAGCGUGCUCUCGACACAUGUUCCCAGGAUGUCUUCACCUGCAACCGCAGCAGCGUCAGAGACCCAGUAGCCAGCUGGGAGGGGGGGGCACUCCUGUCUAGUUCCGCUCGGCAGCCAAACGAUGAUGCGCAAGAGAGACAGAUCUUGCGCCAGUCGCCUUCUUGCCCUGCCACCGCCUCGACCACGGUCGGACUCCGAAGCACCACGCCGGCCACGUGCUUGAGGGCAGCCCGACUUCCUUUCGCAACAACAGACGACGACGAGGACGGUGAUGCCCGUCCCGCUUCCCGUGGUGCCCGACCUGCCGCCGCCGGCUUGGUAGACUCUCGGAGACAAACCGCCGCAGGAGCUCUCAAGGCCGCGUCGGGGGCAGGAGCCGGGGAAGGGCGGGACGGCGACGGCAGAGACCUCACGGCCGUGCGGCGGGCGCUGCUGCUGGCUAUCUGGCUGCCGUUCACGAUCUACGCCUUCGGGCCCUGGUCUCCCGGCGCAACGGGCGACCCCAAGGACAUCGAGUUGGUUACGCACCUUUACGAUGGCCCCGUCGUGCCUGAGACGGCGAUCUUCACCGCCGUCUUCAACGCGCUCGGCUUCCUGCCCGGCAUCAUGGCGUCCAUGCUGGUCGGCGGCGGGUCCUUCGGGAAGGGGCGGCAGCCGGUGCCGGCGCCGCCGUUCGUGUUCGGGGCGUUCGCUCUGGGGUUCUUCUCGCUGGGGCCCUACCUGGCCGUGAGGAACUACCUCCCGCAGGCGGCGGGUGACGAAGAGGAGGAGAUGUCCACGUUGGAGAAAGUCCUCACGAGCAAGGUCUUGGCCGUGCCGCUGCUGGCCGUGUCGGCGUACGUGUUUGUUUCUCUAGUCUCGGCGCUUACCGGUGAGUUCGAGCAAGAAGCGUUGCCCUGUUCGCGGUCUUUCGGAUCUGCAUCGUUCCGUUUUUUUGUGACCGCACGGCUCGACGGUGGUUGGUACACGAGCAAGUUGUAUCCCUCUUACACGUCCGUCGGCGUGGCCUGCGGUACGACUUUGGGUGCUCUGUUGAACGAAUUGCCGUCGGGGGUCACGCAGAAAUAUUCUCUGGGGUGGAGUCAUGCCUUAUUCACCACUUCUGAAAGACAAUAA